AGGCCUUGAAACUAAAAUUUCUGGAGGAGGAGGAGGAGGUAUGUCGUAGCCCUUCCUUUCUCGCGUGGGGAAACUACGCUGAGCAGGGUGGAACUAAUGAAACUAGACUGGAGGAGUAAAUUGACGAGUUGACGCCUGUAUUUUCCUAUAAUCUUUCUUCUUGCUAUUUCGUAAUGUAAUUCCAGAGGCAACGAAUUCCCAGAAGCAACAUAGUCCUAACACAAUCUGCAUUAGGAUAUUCCUGAUUCUAGAGAUUUUGCUGUGGGUGUUCAGUAUUAUGCACAUGGAAAAAUCUUUUUAGUGAUCAAGCUACGUCUGUGUUAUGGCCUUUCCAGAACCCAAGCCCAAGAAGCCUGAGCUUCCCAAAAAAUUGCUGGGCACACUAGAAUGUAAACAAGGAGCUAUAAGAGCAGUUAGAUUCAAUGUGGAUGGAAAUUACUGUCUCACCUGUGGCAGUGACAAGUCGCUCAAGCUUUGGAACCCACAUAAAGGGACUCUCCUCAAGACGUAUUGUGGCCAUGGCUAUGAAGUCCUAGAUGCUGCAGGAUCAUUUGAUAACAGCCAACUUUGUUCAUGUGGAGCAGACAAAACAGUUGUGCUGUGGGAUGUUGCCACAGGCCAAGUGAUUCGCAAGUUCCGUGGCCAUGCAGGGAAGGUAAAUUGUGUCCAGUUCAAUGAGGAGGCCACUGUAAUUCUUUCAGGUUCCAUUGACUCCAGUGUCCGUUGCUGGGAUUGCCGCUCACGCAGACCAGAUCCUAUCCAAAUCUUGGAUGAAGCCAAAGAUGGCAUCUCCAGUCUGAAAGUCUCAGACUAUGAAAUUCUUACAGGUUCUGUGGAUGGACGUGUCCGACGCUAUGACCUCCGUGCUGGAGAGCUCUACUCAGACUACAUUGGAAGUCCCAUUACCUGUGUAUGUUUCAGCAAGGAUGGGCAGUGUACACUGGCUGCUAGCUUGGAUUCUACACUGCGAUUGCUGGACAAGGAUACAGGCGAGCUACUAGGAGACUACACCGGCCACAAGAAUGUAACUUACAAGAUGGACUGCUGCCUAAGUGAAAGAGACACACACAUUGGGAGCUGCUCAGAGGAUGGAAAAGCCUAUUUCUGGGAUCUGGUUGAGGGCUCCCUUGUUCUGGUCUUGCCAGUGUGCAAUACUGCUGUCCAGUCACUGUCCUUCCACCCAGCUGAAACCUGCCUGCUCACUGCUGCAGAGGGUCUUGUCCAGUGUUGGAGGGAAGAAUCUUACACAGCUGAGGAAGGGGCACCUGCCUGACUAGCAUUGCCUUCAUUUGAGCAGGACUGCAGAUGCAGGAUUGUGGACAUUUCUGACAUACUUCUCUACAGCAGAGUACAGUUCUGUGUCCUUUGCCUUCAGGAGGAAGGAUGGAGCAUAGUUUGGACUCUACUUCUUCUGUAGAACCAGCCUGACUGAAUGCCAUCUGUAGGACAGGAUCUCAUCUUAGGGAAAAUCCUUGCGCUUUCAGGACUUAAAAGUUUCCUUCCUUUAAGUGACAGUAUUUUUUAAUUCAGUCUAUGUAUUACAGCUGUUAGUCUGAGUAAAACAUUCCUUUUUUUUAAAUGGGGUGUUUCUGGAUAAGAAGAAAUUAAAAUACAGUUUAAAUUGUG